AUGCAAAACCUUUUGGUUUUGAAUGUUUUGAUUGAUGCCUAUGGAGUUUAGUAAAGAUACAAGAUUUAUGAGCAUAGUGUCUCUACGAUCGACAAGAAGCACGACGGAAAUGACUCCAAAUGACCACGAGAGAGACUCUCAUGGACUUGCCCUAGCCCUGGGCCUUCGAUCGAGUGAAGGUUCUCUUAUUCAUUUUCUCAGUGCUGUUUACCUGUUCUAUACUACCCAUUUCAACAUAUGGUACUCAAGAUAUUAUUUUCCCAACUCAAGGUGACCAGAAGAAGGAGAAAUAUGAGAUAUUAUUGGAUGCAACUCCUCCCUUCACCCCACAACAAGACAUUGCCACUCUGAUGGGAUUAGAAGAAAGAUGUGAGGAAAAGGAAGAAGGUUGUUUGGAGAGAAGAAUGGUUGUAGAAGCUCACUUGGACUACAUCUACACCCAACAACGCAAGUCCAAACAGCCUUAGAUGCAUACAUUAUCAUUCAAUUUUAUAUUUGUUUGCCUGUUUAGGAGACGAUGUAUGUUUGUACGUAAUAAAAUGUACUCGUAACGUAGUUGUUUAUGACAUUAUUUCCACGCACUAGAUAUGUACUUGUGUGUUACACAGUAAAAAAGUUUGCUGUGAAUUAUCGUGCACUAUUAGAAUAAGAUAUGAUGCAAUGUUCUUUAAAGUUAGAAAAAUUCUAUGAAUAUGUAACACAGAUUUAGGCCCUGUUCUUUUAAGUUAUAAAAAUUAAUUUCCAGCCUUUUCUUACUCUUAUUUUUUUUUCUAAUUUCUUCCGGUUCUUUCCAGAUUCUUCUAACGACUUAAAAAAUGCACUUACAUUUG